GCGCAUUUUUGGUUCCUUAUUGUGUGAUGUUAGUAGUCGGUGGUAUUCCUUUGUUUUAUAUGGAACUCGCACUUGGCCAGUUUAAUAGGAAGGGUGCUAUAACAUGUUGGGGUCGAUUGGUUCCGCUUUUGAAAGGUAUUGGAUAUGCAGUCGUCUUAAUUGCGUUUUACGUCGAUUUUUACUACAACGUUAUCAUCGCUUGGUCACUGCGUUAUUUCUUCGCCUCGUUCUCCGGAUUGUUACCCUGGACUACCUGCGAUAACCCUUGGAACACGCCGCUAUGCCGCGAAUUCGAUGAAAAUAUUACAUAUGCGAUGGAAGAUUCGAUAGCCGGCGAAUUGAAUAUGAAUCUUGGAAAUAUCACACAAUUUCUGGCAGAUCAAGGAUCGGAUGUGAUUGUUGCUAGUCAGAAUGUAGCAGAUAACCGUACAGCAUACACGAGCGCUGCUCAUGAAUAUUUUAAUCGUGCUAUUUUGGAGCUACAUGAAAGCGAUGGCUUACACGACCUCGGAGCUAUUAAGUGGGACAUCGCGCUAUGCUUACUCGUGGUCUACCUAGUUUGCUAUUUUUCUCUGUGGAAAGGCAUCUCGACUUCUGGCAAGGUGGUCUGGUUUACCGCUCUUUUUCCUUACGCAGUCUUGUUGAUUCUGCUGAUAAGAGGUAUUACUCUACCGGGAAGUACCGAGGGGAUUCGUUAUUAUCUCAGUCCAAAUUUCUCCGCUAUUACAAGAGCAGAGGUAUGGGUGGAUGCCGCAACACAGGUAUUUUUUUCUUUAGGACCAGGUUUUGGAGUGUUGCUCGCUUAUGCAAGUUACAAUAAGUAUCAUAACAAUGUUUACAAAGAUGCUUUAUUGACGAGUUUGAUCAACAGCGCAACGUCCUUUAUUGCUGGAUUUGUUAUAUUUUCGGUACUCGGUUACAUGGCACGUGCAAGUGGAAAAUCCAUCCAAGAUGUUGCCACAGAAGGGCCCGGUUUGGUCUUCAUUGUUUAUCCAGCAGCUAUUGCUACUAUGCCUGGAUCAAUGUUUUGGGCACUUAUCUUUUUCAUGAUGUUGCUUACGCUCGGUUUGGACAGCUCGGUAUGA